CCUCCAGCGUGCUGUGCUCAGGCAGCAGCAGUGGCUUCUUGGUGGUGUCUUGGCCAUGACACACAUUUGACAUGCCCUCACUUAAUUCACUCACAGACUUUUGCUCUGCGGCAUGGACCAAAGAGAAAUUUUGCAGCGGUUACUGAAUGAGGCCCAGAAAAAGAAAAUUAAUAAUGAGGAGUUUGCCAAUGAAUUUCUGAAGCUGAAAAGACAAUCUACAAAGUAUAAGGCAGACAAAACAUACCCUACAACUGUGGCUCAGAGGCCCAAGAAUAUCAAGAAAAACAGAUACAAGGAUAUUUUGCCCUAUGAUCAUAGCCUGGUGGAGCUGUCUCUGAUAACUUCUGAUGAGGAUUCCAGCUAUAUCAAUGCCAACUUUAUUAAGGGUGUCUAUGGACCCAGGGCUUAUAUUGCCACCCAGGGUCCUUUAUCUACAACUGUCCUGGACUUCUGGAGGAUGAUUUGGGAAUACCGUAUCUUGGUCAUUGUCAUGGCAUGUAUGGAGUUUGAAAUGGGAAAGAAAAAGUGUGAGCGCUAUUGGGCUGAGCCAGGAGAGACACAGCUGCAAUUUGGCCCCUUUUCUAUAUUCUGUGAAGCUGAGAAAAAGAAAUCUGAUUAUAUAAUCAGGACUCUGAAAGUCAAGUUCAAUAAUAAAACUAGAAUUGUUUACCAGUUUCAUUAUAAGAAUUGGCCAGACCACGAUGUGCCUUCAUCUAUAGACCCCAUCCUUGAGCUCAUCUGGGAUAUACGUUGUUACCAAGAAGAUGACUGUGUUCCCAUUUGCGUUCAUUGUAGUGCCGGCUGCGGGAGGACAGGUGUCAUCUGUGCUAUUGAUUAUACACGCAUGUUGCUGAAAGAUGGGAUAGUUCCUGAGAACUUCAGUGUUUUUAGUUUGAUCCAGGAAAUGCGAACACAGAGGCCUUCGCUAGUUCAAACUCAGGAACAAUAUGAACUGGUCUACAAUGCUGUGUUAGAACUAUUUAAGAGACAUAUGGAUAUUAUUGGAGAUGAACCCUCUGGAAGAGAGAUUGAAGCAGAAUCUUCAGUUCCUGACUCUUGUUCUCCGGAUUUACCAAAAAACGCCACAAAAGAUGCAAAAACGACAAAGCAACAGAGCGAACAAAGGGUUCAAGCAGAAAGCGCAGACACUUCUUCCGUUGAUAGGAUUUCUGAAAUAAGUGCCAAAGACUUCGUUUUGCGCUCGGCUAAAUCAAGCCCUUCUUUUGACUUCUUAGAGCUAAACUGUGGGUGUAACAACAAGGCUGUCAUAACCAGGGAAGGGCAGGCAAAGGCCUCUCCAAUCGUGGGAGAGCCCCUUCAGAAAUACCAAAGUCUGGAUUUCGGUUCCAUUUUGUGUGGGUCCUGUCCUGGCGCUCCGCCUAUUAAUACAGCAGACAGGUGUCGCAAUUCAAGAACUCCAGUGAUUCGGACCAAAUCAACUCCUUUUGAACUGAUUCAGCAGAGAAAAACACAUGAGUUGGACAUGGAAGACUGUUCUUUGUUCUUGGAAUCUCAACUGCAUGAGCCUUGUCUUGUGGAGCUUCAGGCACAAAAAGUGGUCCAUGUUUCUUCGGAAGAACUGAAUUAUUCACUGCCGCGUGCCUCUGAGCAGCAGACAUGUGAUAUCCCUUGUGUACCACAGCAUAGCCCCAACACUUUUAGAGUGCGUUCUUGCAUGUCUUUAGUAGAAGACCCGUAUUUUCCAUCGUCACCUCCAAAUAGUGCUGAUUCUAAGAUGUCUUUUGACCUCCCUGAGAAUCAGGAUGGAGCAACUUUUCCUUGUGCUCUGUUGCCAGUCUCUCCUACAACCCCCCUCUCUUACUGUAAUUCACAUGAUUCUUUAAUGUCAAGCCCUGUGGCCAGUUUUCCCCUAACAUUAAACCAAGAGACAGCUAAGGAAGCAACUUCUCUGAGGCUAGAUGAUGAAAUUCCUCCUCCACUCCCCGAACGGACACCUGAGUCUUUCAUUGUGGCUGAGGAAGCUGGUGAGUACAAUUAUCUACAUCAGGAUGGUUCUCCUCCACCUCCACUCCCAGAAAGAACUCUGGAGUCCUUCUUUCUUGCUGAUGAAGACUGUUUACAGGCCAAACCCAUAGAAACUUACUCUACUAGCUAUCCUGAAACCACAGAGAACUCAAUAUCUUCCAAACAAACAUUGAAGACCCCUGGGAAAAGUUUCACAAGGAGCAAAAGUUUAAAGAUUUUCCGAAAUAUGAAAAAAAGUGUUUGUAAUUCUUCUCCAUCAAGCAAGCCUGCAGAAUGUGUUCAGCCAAAAAAUUCCAGCUCCUUUCUGAAUUUUGGUUUUGGGAAUCGUUUUUCAAAACCCAAAGGACCAAGGAACCCACCAUCAACUUGGAAUAUUUAAUACACCGAUGAAGUUAUAAGAAUAUUGGCUGCAUAUGUGCCUGCAAAGAAAACUACUAGAAUACUGCUAUAAUAAUAUCAAUAAUGUAUAUUGUGUCAAUAGCUUUCAAAAGGAAAGCUAUAUGUGAAAAAUGUUGAACAACCUUGUAUUUCAUAUUCUUUACAUUUAGUUGGAAACUACCAAUAAAGUUUGUCUCUUGAA